CAGAGGGCAGCUCAUUUUUUUUCCCAGCAUGGCCCCCUCCGCUUGGGCCAUCUGCUGCCUCCUGGGGAGCCUCCUGUUCCAUGUGGACAGCCACAGAUCUGGUCCCGGUCCCAGCCCCAGUGUGCCUCGGCUGCGGCUCUCCUACAGAGAUCUCCUGUUUGCCAACCGCUCUGCUGUCUUUCUGGGCCCACGGGGCUCCCUAGACCUCCAAGUCAUGUACCUGGAUGAGUAUCGGGAUCGACUCUUUCUGGGAGGCCGAGAUGCCCUUUACUCGCUGAGACUGGAUCAGGCAUGGCCAGAUCCCCGAGAGGUCUUGUGGCCGCCACAGCCAGGACAGAAGGUGGAAUGUGUCCGGAAGGGAAAAGAUCCUUUGACGGAGUGUGCCAACUUCGUGCGGGUCUUACAACCCCGUAACCGAACCCAUCUGCUGGCCUGCGGCACGGGAGCCUUCCAGCCCAUCUGCACCUUCAUCACAGUGGGGCAUCGAGGGGAGCAUGUGCUCCACUUGGAUCCUAGCAGCGUGGAAAAUGGAAGGGGGCGUUGCCCACAUGAGCCAAACCGUCCCUUCGCCAGCACCUUUGUAGGUGGGGAGCUGUACACAGGCCUCACUGCUGAUUUCCUGGGACGUGAAGCCAUGAUUUUCCGGAGUGGGGGUCCCCGACCAGCCCUCCGUUCUGACUCUGACCAGAGCCUCCUACAUGACCCCCGGUUUGUGAUGGCUGCUCGGAUCCCAGAUAACUCUGACCGGGACGAUGACAAGGUGUACUUCUUCUUCUCUGAGACUGUCCCAUCACCUGAUGGUGGCCCAGGUCAUGUCACCAUCAGCCGUGUGGGCCGCGUCUGUGUGAAUGACGCUGGUGGCCAGCGAGUGCUGGUGAACAAAUGGAGCACCUUCCUCAAGGCCAGGCUGGUAUGCUCUGUGCCUGGCCCGGGUGGGGCAGAGACUCACUUUGACCAGCUGGAGGAUGUGUUCCUGCUGUGGCCCAAGGCAGGGAAGAACCUCGAGGUGUAUGCACUGUUCAGCACCGUCAGUGCUGUGUUCCAGGGCUUUGCUGUCUGUGUGUACCACAUGGUAGACAUCUGGGAGGUCUUCAAUGGGCCCUUUGCCCACCGAGAUGGUCCUCAGCAUCAGUGGGGACCCUAUGGGGGCAAGGUGCCCUUCCCCCGCCCUGGUGUGUGUCCUAGCAAGAUGACUGCACAGCCAGGCCGACCCUUUGGCAGCACCAAGGACUACCCAGAUGAGGUGCUGCAGUUUGUCCGAGACCACCCACUCAUGUUCCAGCCUGUGAGGCCUCGGCGUGGCCGCCCUGUCCUGGUCAAAACUCACUUGGCUCAGCAAUUGCGCCAGAUUGUGGUAGACCGAGUGGAGGCUGAGGAUGGGACCUACGAUGUCAUCUUCCUAGGGACUGAUUCAGGUUCUGUGCUCAAAGUCAUUGCCCUUCAGGGUAGUGGCUUGACUGAACCCGAAGAGGUUGUUCUGGAGGAGCUCCAGGUGUUUAAGGUGCCAACACCCAUCACUGAGAUGGAGAUCUCUGUCAAAAGGCAAACGCUGUAUGUGGGCUCUCCACUGGGUGUGGCCCGGCUGCAGCUGCACCAGUGUGAGACUUAUGGCAGUGCCUGUGCUGAGUGCUGCCUGGCCCGGGACCCAUACUGUGCUUGGGAUGGUACUUCCUGUGCCCGCUAUCGCCCCAGCUCUGGCAAGCGAAGGUUCCGUCGGCAGGACAUACGACAUGGCAACCCUGUUGUGCAGUGUCUGGGCCAGGGCCAGAGCCAAAACAAAGAAGCUUUGGGAUUGGUGACCCGAGUCUUUGGCACAGAACACAACAGUACCUUCCUUGAGUGCCUGCCCAAGUCUCCUCAGGCUGCAGUGCGCUGGUUCUUACAAAGGCCAGGGGAUAAGGGAACUGACCAGGUGAAGACAGAUGAGCGAGUUGUGCAGACGGAUCAGGGGCUGCUGUUCCGAAGGCUCAGCCGCCUUGAUGCAGGAAACUACAUUUGUACCACUCUGGAACAUGGCUUCUCCCAGACUGUGGUUCGUUUUGCCCUGGAGGUGAUUGCAUCUGUGCAGUUGGACAGCCUGUUCCUUCGGGAGCCAAGGCUAGAGGAGCCCUCAGCCUGGGGAAGCCUGGCAUCUGCCUCACCCAAGACUUGGUAUAAGGACAUCCUUCAGCUAACUGGUUUCGCCAACCUGCCGCGUGUGGAUGAGUACUGUGAACGCGUGUGGUGCAGGGCUGUGGGGGAGCGCUCAGGCUCCUUCCGUGGAAAGGGAAAGCAGGGGAGGGACAAGAGCUGGGCGGGGCUAGAACUGGGCAAGAAGAUGAAGAGCAGGGUGCUGGCUGAGCACAACCGGACACCCCGGGAGGUAGAAGCCACAUAAGAUGACUGAGGAGGGGAUGGUCGGGCUGGGCUGGGGGACUCAACACUAGCUCUCUCCCACCCAGCUAGGAAAGAGGAGUCCAGGACAUCUGAUUACCUCUUAGAGGCAAUCUCUACUACCUACAGGAAAGUCUAGGCUGGUGGGAGGGGCCUUGCACCUCAGCCUACCCCUGCCUUUCUCCGUGUUCUCAGUCCCAGGCUACAGCUGGCACCUCCAGACCACUUGUAUUCCCAAGGGGCCUGCUAUUUGUUCUCAGAGAUGGUGUGGCUUCCGGAACACAUUUCCGGUUGUGCCCAGAGGCAAGUUGGGUGGUUCUUUCCCAGCUUGACGAACAAUGGCCAUUCUGAGUGACCCUCCGAGGGGGUGUAUGGGUGGCUCUGAGGGAGUAUAUUGGCAGUCCACCAGAAGAGGGGAAAGUAGAGUCCUAAGGUAGUACCUGAUAAGAAACACUUGCCCCAACAAAGUUGUGAGAGAAGGUAGAGGCGCCGAGGAGGUGGGGUUGCACUGUUUAUCUGUCUCCAUGCCUUGGAAUCUAGAUGGCUCCCUACCUCAGCCCACUACCAUCUCAUACUCACAGAGGCAAGAACUGCUGGAACCUGGAGGCUGCCUGGGCCUGGCUCCCUUUUUAAACCAGGAAGAGUUGUCUCAUAGUAUGAUACCCCUUUCCCAGGUCCCCAAUUGUCAGGCCAGGCUUGCUGGGGUGCCCACACCUCACCAUCACAGUCACUUCCUGAGGAUCGGAGGAAGGUUCUGUGGACCAAAGAGAGGAUGAAGGGAGCUGGAGGGGAAGCGUGGGCUACCUUUCUAAGGGUGAGAGGGGCAGGCUCAGGCCUGUGAGGUUAGCAGUGGACAGACACUCAGAACUGCAGCCAGUGGUCACGAUCAGCAUUCUGGACUUUGUCUAGACCCACAGAGAACUAGAAAGAGGUGGGUCUAUAGGUCCAUGAGCAGGUGUCCUCAAGAGUCAAAGUGACAUCAGUUGGUUCAGGAGCCACAGGGCAGGCCAGAUAUUUCCAACCCUGGAGUCUCUAUUGAGGGUGGUCAUGAUGGUUGGUUUAUAAGACUCCCAUGUUUACUGUGGUACUUGGGAUUGAAUCUAGGGGUCUCAUGUGUGCUAGAUAAAUACCACUAAGUUAAAGCCCAGCAUUCUCUCUAUAGGAGAUCACAAAGAAAGAAAGCUGGUAUGGUAAAUCCUGCUGCUGGGGGUGGGGGGUGGGGCUGAGUGACAAGGGCUUAUCUGGUCUGGGUUUAGGGGAGGAGCUUUGUCAUCAGCAGUUUCUGCAGCUGGGGAGCAGAGAGGGGGAGGAGGACAAUUAAAUGAAAAAUUAUUCCCAGCCUGAGGGUGAAGAAGUUAGUGACGCACAAGACGGACAAGAAGGCAUGUCUGAGU